UGAGCCUCGCCCUGUCAGUUGUGGCCAGAAGCUUCACCAAACAAGUGGCGAGUCGACUGCUAUCUUCGCAUUCUUCGGUUCUUGUUUCGUUUGAUUUGAUUCUUUUCUCCCCCUCUCUCCCCAGUUGAUUUGUUCACAACUCUCUCGGCGCUCAGGGACUUGGAACCGACGAUGGCUCAGUGCACCUCCGCUCACAUUUGGCUGUCGCUCCUGACUUUAUCGACUUUAUGGUUUACCAUUCUGGCAGCUCCCACGUCGGACAUUAACGUCAUGGUGGAUGAUCCUCAGCGCACUGGCUGUUUGUACGAUGGGAAAUUCUACAACGAAACCGAAGCGGUGGUGACCAAAGAGCCCUGCCUCAACUGCAGCUGCCGGAACGGGGCGUUGCGUUGUCAUCUGCAAGUCUGCCCGUUUUUGCACGACAUUUAUCCACCGCCGGCGGGUUGCGUCUUGGUCGAGAGGAAGAACGCCUGCUGCCCGAAAUUGCAUUGUCCCACCACCGGCGGAACCAGCGGCAAUCGCCUCCUGCGGAAAGAUUACACCGGCCAGGUGUCGGCUUGGAAAGUGCGCGAAGAUCUCCGCAAGAGAUUGGUGAAACAUCUGGCCAGAAGCGGCACAGAUAAGCACGGUUGCGUGGACGCCGGGACGUUGUACGCCGACGGCUCGGCCAUGAUGACGUCGUCGACGUGCGAAUAUUGUUUCUGUCUCAAAGGGAAACAGACGUGCGUCAAACCCAAGUGCGCCGAACCCGAACUGGAAGGAUGCACUCCGCGCUUCCGCGAUCUGGCCUGCUGUCCGACUCAUUACGAUUGCGCCAUGUCGACGACCAACACCACAUCCGUCGCAGCCAAAAAGAUCACCGCCGAACGUCGAGGCGACCGCGUUCGUCCGAUGACUGCCGCUACGACUGUCGGCAACAUGCGGGGGAAUGACCGCAUUAUCGAUUCGUCUUCGACGUUGACGUCGUCCUACCAUCACCAGAAGUUGGCGGAAUCGCGCGUGUUUCGAAAGAAGAUUCUUGUCAAACGAAACGUCGACAACCAAAAGAAGGAAGCCACUGCUGUCCUCAAUCAAAUGAAGGAGGAGGAACCCAUUGCCGUUACCCUAGGACCGGAUAGUUUGGCGGACGACCAUCCCAUCUCGUCAUUGGAUGCCAUCUCGGCCGCUUCCUUCUUCCAACAGGCGAUCGACGAAACGGCCGACAAUGACGUUCGACUCGACUCGAUUGAUCACGUCGGAGAACAACAUCCCGACUCGCUGGCCGUCGAAGGAUCCGUCGUGGAGAGCCGCGUUCCGGCUCCGGCCCUGCUCACGGCCAACACCGACGCACCGGAAGAAUCGGCGACGCCGGCGAUUAAUACGCCAGAGGAGGAAGAGAAUGUUCCUACCCCCGAAGAAGUCGAAGAUCCGAUUUCUUCCCGACUGGACGAGGAGCCCGAAUUGAUCACCGACGACGAGCUGGAUGCCGAAGCGGCCGAAAGGAACAUUGAAGUCAGCGUCUCGUCAUCGAUAUCUUCCGUUUCGCAGUCCACCAAUCCGGUCCGAGUUGUCGGGACCAAGGACGAGGCGAAUAAAACGAACGCCAGCACGGCCUCACCCAUUCCGGCGCCUCCUCCUCAAAGUAGCGCCAAUUUACUGCCCGUCGACAACAAGACGGCCAAACCGUUGGUAGAUGCCGGUAAAGUCGUUUCUUCGGCGCCAGGGCCUUCAGUUCCGGAAGAGGAAGAUUCUCUAGAUUACGACUACACCCACAUGGAACUGCCACCGUCACUACCAAAUCUUGAAAUCAUCCCGUUUGUUGCGGCCGACGCGGUCAUGGGCGUGGCCAAUUUGGAGGAAGACGAGCGGCUCAACUUGGGCGGUGUCAUCGAACAGCGCACGCCAUUGUCUCAGGCAACGGCUGUCGACGAAUUGACCAAGACAGCAGAAUACUGCUCAAAGGAUGGCAAAUUAUACAAUCACGGCGAGCUGAUCAAUAGCCAGCAGCCGGACGAGUUGGAUGAAGACCCUUGCAAUAUUUGCCGCUGCAUGUUGGGCGAGGUCGUUUGCCACGAAACGCAGUGCGCUCCGCUGCUGCCCGGCUGUCGCCGGCUUGACCAGCCCCAUUUCUGUUGUGGACAAGUGGUCUGUGGCGGAAACGUUGAUGACCGAGUGGAAACUUUGAACGCCGAGAUAACCACCAGUACAAUGACGCCCAGCGACAAGGUUCAGCAACCUAAAGAGAAAGUGGAAAAGGAGAAAGAACAAUCGAAGGCAGCCGACGAGACAUCGACGACGACUCCAUCGCCCUCACCGAUCCUGGCCUUCAAAGUGACUUUCCCGCCGCGACCGAGCAGCACCCUGCCUCCGCCACCUCCCACUCCGACUUUCCUCUUGCGGAGAUUCCCGACCAACCGGCCGACCGCCCGGCCAACUGCUCCGACGACGCCACCAAGGUCUUUUAACAGCAAAUUCAAUAAGCCGGCAAUCAACAAUCUAGUCGGAGUUCCAGCUCCUUUUGCUACAGGAGGUCUGAGGAUUGAUAGCUGCAACAUCUACGGCCAGAUGUACCGAGUGGGUCGCAUCAUCGACGAGCUGUCCGGACCGUGCGUCGAAUGCAAAUGCACAGAGAUCGGCGUCAAUUGCGUCAAUCUCAAGUGCUAAUUAUACCAGACUCUGGCGACUGCUGGCGUUUUGUAUCCGAUGAUCUGAGUCGUUCGCGCUCGCGCGUCCAGCAUAUAUGAUCGAGUGGUCUAUUCGGCACACUUCAUUACCAGCAUAUCACUAUUAUACAUCCUUUCAAACCUUUUUUGUAUUUUUUUCGGGGAUUCUUUGGCUUCCUUCGAUUUUUCUUAUUUGGCUUUGUUGUAUACUGUAUGUAUGUCGACUGGCACAAGCAUAUGACGCGCAUUUUUUUUUAUUUAUUUUUUUUAAUAAGGUGCUGUGCGAUGGUCUUCCCCUUUUUAUUUAUUUUUUUAAUUUUUUUUUUUUUUUUUGAAAUUUUGUAUUUCUUUUCUCGUGUUCUUCUUUGUUAAAUCCUUUCGCCCAAUGUUUACUGUAUGUCUACAAGUUUGGUCCGAUUGAACGAAAUAUAAAAACUGUGCAAUGAA